AUGCUCUCAUUUAGAUUCAAAGACGGAUCUCGCAUCACUGAGAUUGCAUGCGCAAAAGAGAUCGAGUGCGCAGAGCUUCAUUGUAUGCUGCAGACUCGACCUAUUCAUCAUACUCGAUAUGGAAGCUUGAUGUAUUCCAAGGCCGGCGGGGAUGCGGCGAAUGAACAGCACAGAAUCGCGAACCAGCACGAAGGGUCCCAGCAGCCUCCUCGGAUGGGCAGCCAGAUUCCAUUCAACCAGGGACAGUCCAUGUCUGUUCGUAUGGACCCUCGGUCACACGUAACUUCCUUGGAGCAGUACAUGAUUCCUCGUCCACCAAAGCCUCAGGGCAAAGCAGCACCGUGUUCUCGGUCCGAAGCGGCGCCUGAUUCAACGGUUUCAAUGCCCACCACAGACCAAGUCGCCCUGCAGCAGCAGAAACCUGAACUGCCCGAAGACGUCAAGCCGCCAAAAGCCCAACCGACUGCGGAUUUAGCUUUGCAACAGUCAAGUGAAGCCGAGUCGCAAUCGAAGCCGCCGUCCGAGGUGGUAGUUCCUGAUGGAGACAAGACAACCGAAGACGACAGCCCUCGGAUUUCCGACCGUCCAUGCAAAGCCAUUGUCAUCAACUUGCUCGCGACCCCUCAAAAACAGACCAAGACGUUCAUCGCCACUGAAGCACAUGGAGAAUCUGACUCGUCUGAAAAGGCUGUUCUCACUCCAGAAAACAGCGAAUCGGUAGCCUCUCCAAUCAAGAAGAGCGACCCUCCUUCUAUCAGUGGCAAGAAAAACAAAUCCGACGCUCUUUGUGACCAAAGACCAUCUGAAGAAUGCACGAAGGUUGUACCUCAUGUCUCGUCUGUGCUGGAAGAGGGAGUUACACCCCCUGAACCUCUUUCACAAAGUCCCACGUAUGGCAAGGGGAAGUACAGGCAGGUCUUUUCUCACAGAGAUACCAGCAGUGUCGAAGUCUUCGACGUGGUGCCCCACAUGCCUGGAAGAAGUAGCUCUUCGUUUCUCAAUCAUUCGUUCCCUGACGAAGAUGGGCCCAGCGAUAGCCUUCGCUUGAAGUCUGGACAUGCACUGGACAGCUUGAUCGAUGCGGGGUUAGCUCAAGGGGUCUCAUUGACAAUCAUGACUGAAGACGCUUCAAAGAAAAAGGCCAAGAAAAAUAAGAAGAAGAAGAAGAAGCCGACGUCAGCAAGUCAAGAUGAGUCUCAUCCCAUUGGCGACACUUCGACUAAGGCCGCCGAUGACGAUACUCCACACACUUCGAAGGCAAUGCAGACUGGCGCAUCAGAUACGGCCGACAUCAUCUCGAAGGCCAAGGAUAUUGCUGAGACAGAAGCAUCCUCGGGGAAGUCGAGUCUGCCGGAACCGCUCAGCAAGAAUUUCCGAGCCAAUGCUGGCGGCUCACUUCGACUGCCGAAGAAUCGCAGAAAGCACCCGACCCAGCUGAGCCUUGCAGUACGGGAAGGGUCUGCUUCCGGAGCAGCCAACGUCUUGAAGGAAGCCCAUGUCUUUGACGGCGGUCUUCCAUCUGCUGCGAGUACUUCACAGAUGAGCUUCAGCACAGCUCAGGAGAGUCGUUCCGGCAACAGCUCGCCCAAGGUCUUAUCGACCCCGGCAACUCCAUCGUCAGCUAGAACGCCUGAAUCGAGGGUUUCCCCGGAAAUGUCCGCGGUCGAGAGCGAGGCGACGUCAAAUUCAACCAUGCAACUCAACCCUAAGGCAAAGGAGUUUGUGUCACCUGCACCGCGCCCUGUUGUUCAUAUAGUGAAGCUGGCGCCAAUCCCAUUGGUACCGAUCCCAGUGAAGAACCCUCAGCAUCAACGCAACUUCUCCCACAGUUCGUCGGCCACAUCUCACACUCUCACUCCUGGGCCAACGCCUCCUAAAGACAAGUUUAAAGGAUGUCAGGAAGUUGCUAUUGGAGACGGCGUCGACAAAGGACAGGUUUCUACAACUCGUGAAGCGCCCACCCAUGAUGAAGGCGCACAAAAGCCAGCCUCCGAAAAUAUGGGGAAGAUGAAGAAGGACCAUCCCGCCGACGGCCAUACCUUCUUCUCACAAACGUCGAAUGCAAGCAGUGGCAACGGUCACAAACAGCGUCCAAAGAAGGGCGCUAGCAAGAAAAAGCAGCAACACGGCAAGCAAGAACCCGAGAAGAGCAAUACCUCGCCUAAGAAGCAGGAUAUUCGAGGACAAACUCACGGCCAGCGUCUGCAAAAUGCCUCUGGAACGCACAGCAGAAAGCUAUCUGUUGCCAGUAGAGAUGACUUCCCGUCCCUGCCACCUGCCCCCUUGCCCGCUUCAGGCCUACCUGCGAGCAGCGUCUGGGGCAAAGCGCGUGCAACAUCAACUGCCGUUACAAACAGCAACAUCCCUUCUACCGGCAACAUUAGCCGGGAGGACAAGACCAAGGACAAGACAUCCUCCGACCCGCUCCCUGGAGAGGACAGCGGCAAGCACUAG